CAGAGACUGUCUUUGCCCUUAGUUAUACUAUAACGAAACAAUAACGUAUUAUAAUAAAAUAAUUACAAACUAUAACGCCAAAAAACUAUGUUACAUUCCUUAACUUAAUUUUGCACCAUUAUUAAAAAUAAAUAACGAGUUAAUAUUUUUUACACUCCAAUAAAAUGUAUAAAUGUGUUGUGUUGAUUUGUUUACUCCUAAGCAGUAUUUAUUGCGAUACUGAUAUUGAAGAAAAGGAGGGUGUGAAAUAUGCAAACAAAUGCGAAGUUUGCAAAGUAGUUGCUGUAGAGUUGGAAGCUAGGCUCGAAGAAACGGGAAAAACCAAUGAUGUUUUAGAAAUUGGUUAUUCGAUAGACGAUGUCGCCCCGAAAAAAAGAAAAGAGUACAGAAAAUCGGAACUGAGAUUAAUUGAAUCUCUAGAAAAUGUAUGCAACAGAAUUUUAGAAUAUAAUAUACACAAGGAGAGAACAGAUAGUACAAGAUUCUCUAAGGGCAUGAGUCAGACUUUUAAGACGUUGCACGGACUUGUAGAUAAAGGAGUAAAAGUAGAACUAGGAAUCCCAUACGAACUGUGGGACAAACCCUCUGUUGAAAUAACGACAUUGAAAAAUCAAUGUGAGAAUUUGAUUGAAACUUAUGAGAGUGACAUUGAAUAUUGGUACUACAAUCACCAAGGACAAGUUGCUUUAACAAAAUUUUUAUGUUCUGAGCGAGCAUUGGAAAAAGAUGACGAUAGUUGUUUAAGGGAAAAAGGUGAUACUGGAAAGGUCAAAGACACAGAAUCCAAAGAAGCCAUCCAAGAGGAAUUGUAAAUAUUCUUGAAAAAAAAAAAAAAAGAUAUACUUUUAUUUCAAGGCAGAUUUUUCUACUGACUAUUUUCAACAGACUACAAUAAAAGAAUGUGAUAU